AUGAAAGAAAUAGCGAUAGUAGGAAUUCAAGAUGAUUAUACUCGAAAUAUAAUAAUUAAAUCACUUAAAACAAUUCUUCCCAAUUUACAAAUCUUAGAAUUUCCUCGAUCUACUGGAUCUUCCUUAAUAUCAAGUUCAAAAAUAUUAUUUUGGUUGGAAUAUGAAGAUAUAGAAUUUGAUCAAGUAAUGUCAAAUAAACAAACACAAAUGAUUAAUACAUAUUGUAUAAGGAAAGGAUUAAUUCGUAAAGCAAAUUUAAAUUAUAAUAUACAAAAAUAUAUAAGCAAAAAUCCAAAUAGUAUCCUAAAAAAAUCUACACCUGAAACAUGGUUUUUUGAAGUUAUACAUAUAGAUUAUUUAGAUGAAGCAUUAGAAGAAAUUUUUGAAGUUGUACAAGAAUGUAAAGAAAAUGAUGAAAGGAUCGAAGAAGAAAAAGUCAAAUUCAUUUUAAAACCUAGCUUAGGUAAUAAAGGUGCCGAAAUUAAGAUUUUUUAUAGUAUCGAACAAUUAAGAAAUGUUUUUGAAGGAAAUAAAACUUUAGAUGAUAAAGAAGAUCAUGAAGAAGAUGAAGAUGAAGAAAAGGAAGUAGAAGUAGAAGAAGCAGAAGUAGAAAUAGAAGAAGUAGAUGAUGAUGAUGAUGAAAGCAUGUUUCAUAUAAGAGAAUGGGUUAUUCAAAGAUAUAUAUCAAAUCCACUUUUAAUUAAUAAUAGAAAAUUUCAUAUCCGUUCUUAUAUUUUGGCAAUAUCAAAUUUACGAGUUUAUCUUUAUAAAGAAAUGUUGGCUCUUUUCGCAUUAAAUUCAUAUUCACCCACUGAUAUUAAUAAUUCCCUAUCACAUUUAACAAAUACUUGUUUACAAGUUAAUGAAAAUUCUUUUAAAGAAUCAAAUCAAGUAAAAUUAUUUUGGGAUUUAUCAUCAGAAGAAGGAAUUAACGUAAAUGAUUUGGAAAUAAUUUUUGAUCAAAUUAAAUUAAUUUUAAAUGAUUGUUUUGAAUCUGUUUCAAAUGAAGUGAUUCAAUUUAUGCCGUUGGAAAAUGCUUUUGAAUUAUUUGGUUUCGAUUUUUUGGUCGAUCAACAUAAAAAUGUCUAUUUUUUAGAAGCAAAUUCCUUUCCAGAUUUUAAACAAACAGGUGAUCGUCUAUCUCAUGUGAUUUCAUCCCUAUUCGAAGGUACCAUAAAAUUAGCUGUUGCUCCUUUCUUUAAGGAUGAAAAGAUUAGUAGUGAUAAUGAAGAUUCAAAUUUUUGCUUAAUAUUUAAUAAAUAUAAUAAAUAUAAGAAAUAA